UGCAAAAGCAUUAUGGCGUCAGUGUUAUUUCAAUCGAGUAACCCCUCAAAUAAAAAAUUUUAAUUUCUUAAUUUCAUUCACGCAUUAAAUCUCUAAGUGAAGUAGAAAAAUGUUGCAUUCUAAAGCAACUGCAGCGCUGAUGCGUUUGAAGGAAAUCGAUAAAAAAUAUAAAAUGAGAAAAGAGGAAAUGUACAUAAUGAACUCGAGUACGGAAAGUGCAUUAACAAGUCCAUCGAUGGAACAUUCUAUAAGAGAAAAAAAGAAAUUGAAUAAUCUUAAAAUUCCUUUAAAAUCUAAACUCGACGUGAGAAUGCCAAAAACACAAAUAGAAGUGGAAGAGGUAGAAGAAGAAUAUAUUUCACGUUCUACAACAAAUGAUAAAGUUUCUUCGAUUAUUGUGAUUGACGUAGAAACAAAAUCGGCGAAAAACAUAGAUGAAGAAUUUUCUAAUAAUACGUCAUCAUCAUUGAUCGAAACCAAUGAGAAUAUCUCAACGAGAUCUAAUGAAAAAGUAGUUUCUAAUAUUGAUAAAAAUGAAAGUAUUGAAAUUGACGAAAAUAAAGAAGAAAUGUCGGAAAAGGAAAUUAAAAUGGAUAACGAAGAUAAAGAGAUUAUCGUCGAAGUUUUACAAGUUGAUAGGGAAUAUAGUACUUCGAAAAUUUUAUCAGAAAUAGAAGAAUUUGAGUCGUUGCCUGUUGAGCAAGCAUUAAGCUAUGUCAAUGAUACUUUCGAAGAAGCAUCGAGUACGAUAUUAUCAACGAUGAAAACAAACGAUGAUCCGUUAUCCACGAAUAAGUCGUUUAAUUCGGAGGAUGAGGAAGAGAAAACUAUAGAUGAGAACAUGAGAUUUGGCGUGAAGAAAGUUGAUAUUAUAUCUAAAAAGGAUUUUAUACUUGAACAACAGGAAGCAGAUAAUUCAGGUGAAAAACAGAUUGUUGAGUUGGUACCACCGAAAUUAAUAGAAAACACUAGUGAAUGUGAAAUAGGUCUUAACAAAGAAUUAUCGAAUUAUGUUAAAACAAUUGAAAGUAUCGAAGGGGACGUAAGCGACAUUACACCUGUUCAAUUAUUAAGAUCGUCGAAACAGACAGAGAUAUCUUCGCGAAGUUAUAAAAAAAAAUAUAAACGUCGUCCAUCAACAACGAAGGAUAAUAACGAAGAUUCUUCUAAGAGUGAUAAGACAGAAUCUUUAGUAACAUCGAAGAGUAAUCGUCGAUCGCCAAAAUUGACGUUGAAGAAUGAUAUUAAAAAAAUAAACAAUUCUUUAGAUGACAAAACAAUUCUUUUUGAAAAUAACGAGCAACGAAAUACCGACGAUAAAGGAAAGAAAUUAUCCGAUAAAGAUAAAGAUUCUAACAUUAUAAUAUCUUCUAAUAAUGAUCGUUUUCAUCGGACGAAUAAUAAUCUACGAUUUGCGACUAAACGGAAAAAGAAAAGGACAAAAUCACAUAGAUCCUCAAGAAUCGAUAAGACAACAGAUUUUAACGAAAAGAAAUUCUCUAGAUUCGAUAUCAAACAAAUGUAUCGUCUUCAAAAACAAAUAUCGAAACUUGUCGGUGAACUUCGGUUGUACGAUAAUUCUUCUUCUAAGAAAUUAGAUCCAGUUUUGUUCAAACCUCUCGAUUUUCCAAACAUUAUCAACUAUAUACGUCCUGAUAGAAAUUUUGAAUUAACGAAAGAAGAUCCUUACAUCGGAUUUGAUGAAAAACUUGCUACGAUAAGACAAUGGCUCAAAGAUCAAUACAUUUUCUAUCAAGUUCGUAGUAACUUAGUACAGAUAAUUAACGAGAAAUACGUUCCCAUGAGUCUCGAAGAUGCAAAGACGGUAAUACGUCAAUUACAAAAAACAAAAGUCGAAGCGAGAUAAUGAUUAUUUACAAAAUAAUUAUUUAGCUCAAGAAAAAGAUCGAAUGAAUUUAUAAAUACGAUUUACGUUUUCUUACCGAGCGAACUAAUUUUUUUUAUCUCCUUAUGGAGUCUAUAUAUAUAUAUAUUUUUUUUUUUAUCUAUAUAUUAUAAUCAUUGUGUUUUACUAAACAGAUAAUAAAGUAUUAUUGAGUAUAAAAAAAAAAAAGAAGAAAAUUUUAGUAUAAAGUUCGAUACCGUAGUAUACAGUAUAUCAUCACGUAUAACAACUUUAUAUGACUAGAUGUAAAAAUUCAUGCUCAUUUUGAUGAACUUCGAUCAAUGAGAGAGUCUACCUUUGCUAGAAUUCAUCGGACCAAGCCGAUAUGCACGUGCGUAUAACGGAUGCGCAAUGGUCCGAUGCGUGGGGGUGAUCGCCGGCUUACUUCCAUUGAUGUGCCAUAGUCACGCUCAGUUCUCUCCUUCUCCUGUAGUGUUCUACGAACCUUCUCCGUGUCGAAAGGUUUCAGCUAACUUCCUGAUACGAUACAUUGCUAUUAUUAUCUUGAUAUGCUUCUCUAUUAGUUUUUUCUCGUCUGAAAUAUAUGCAAAAAUUUGUUAAUGCAUUGUCAAUUAAUUAUUUAAUCUUAAAUAUUAAUUAUGAUGGUGUUAUCACAUUUUUAUUCGUAUUAAAUAUUAUCGUAGUAACUUUAAAAAUUUUCUAAGGCAACUUAUAGAAGAAAAGAAAAAGUAUAAACAAAGAGGAAAAGGCGCCCGGGCUUUCAGGAUCCAUCUCAACAGUUUUUUUCGGAAAUGAAUCGAGGUUGUACGUGAAUGACGUUUCACCUAUGCAAGACAAUUUUUUUUUUUAGUUUCUUCGAGGUCUCAUCAAAACGAGGAAAUAGCUUCGAUCUUUGAAAUAAGAUUUUAUAAUAUCCGCUUCUUUGAAAAAUCUUUAUAAGAUAUAUUAUCCGCAGGUCAUCUUCCUUAUUAUUGUAUAAAAUGGAAGAGAUUUCUUUCUUCUUUUUUUUUUUCCUUUUUUAUAUCUAUAAUUUUGUUUACGAAUGAGAGAUUAUGAGAGAGAUAUUAGAUAUUGCGAUAGAACUUUUCUACAUAAUUUUUUUUUCUUUUACUUGUAAUAAUAUUGUUAUUUGAUGCGUUCACACAUACUCCGUUUUUUUUUCUUUCUUCCUUUUUUUUUUUUUAUAUCCUCAUUGAACUCUUUUUGCUAAAAAUAAUAUCAUAAUACAGCCUUUAGAGAAAGGUCAGGGCAGUAGUUAGAGAGGUCAACCGAGUGCAACGCAAGUGUCUAUAUUGAAUCGAUCGAUCAGUCACACGCAUCGUAUGUGCCCCUGUAAUAUUAAUUAAUUAUAUCACCUGUAAUUUUUAUUUACUAUAUUAACGGGUCAUUUAGAGAACCUUUUUGACUUUGGCUUUAGUCUUCAUAGGAUAUAGAUAUCACUUUAUACCACUAUGUAAAUAUUUUACAUUCUAACUUAAUUAAUACACAUGUAUCUUGUACUUAUAUAAACGUAGAAAAUCAGCAAAGUGUUAUUAAAAAAAUCUCGAUUGGAACGAGCAAUUAGUUGAACUUCGAUAUUUAUGAUCCAGGAUAUUUGUAAUAGAUCAAAUUAAAAAAAAUGUUAAUAGAAUUCCAUACGAUUGACCUGCCUUCUUCUUCAGAUUCAUUUAUCUUGUGUUUUGCUAAUUAAGAAAAAAUUACAUUUCUUUAUCUAAUCGAUGACAGAUAUCUUCUAUCUUUUUUAUGUUGCAAUCGAUGAGUUGGACGAUACGUAUUUCAUUUUAUGUUUGUUCGUAAUUCGCUAAGAAAAACAUUUCUAUAGAAGUAUCCUUGAAAUCUUUUUCUUUUUUUUUGCUUUUUCUUUUUUUUACAUACUCUACUAUCUGUAAACAGAAAAAAAAAUAUAUAUAUAUAUACAUAUUUUUAUCAUUUAUUUCUUCAUAUUCAUUCUUUCUUUUUCUUCGAAGUUAUGUUAGAUCGAAGAUUUCUACAGUAUAGAUCGUAAUCCGUUAAUGAAUCGUUUAAAUAUUAAACUAUAAAAAUAUUCUUGAAUCGUCUGAAUUUUUCUCAAUUCGCAGAUUUAGAUUCAAUCAAUUUAAAAUUGUUUAUCAAAAUCAACUUUCUUAACGGGAAUUAUAAUUUCGAGCGAGUCACAAGAAAUAAUGAUUCGAAAGUAGAUCUAGUCACAUAAAAGUUUGGGAAGACUUGCGUUAGAGUAUGUAGUAUAAUAAUCAAAGAAAGAUAAAAGAGAGAGAGAGAGAGAGAGAGAGAGAGAGAGAGAGAGAGAGAGAGAGAGAGAGAGAGAGAGAGAGAGAAAGAGAGAGGAAAUAGUGUGGUAGCACUUACAUCGAUACUUUAUAGAUCAAUAAAUACAUUAUUAAUGAAACAUAGAACCCAUUUGUUUUUACAAGCCGCGCAUCUUUUUCUUCAUAUCUUUUUUUUAUGGCUUCUCUGAGAUCGCUUAUAAGUGAAUCGAAAAUUACUUUGGAACGAUCAGGGAGAUGAGUCAUCUUCUGUCUGUUCGAGGGGUUGCUUCGGAUAGCCGUUGAUUAUGUUACUACUUCGAUUGAUGUUCUUUCCACGUUGAAAUCUAAUCGAUAUGCUCUGAAAUGAAGUGUUAAUAAAAUUUAAAUAAAUUCUUUCCAAGAGGAUGAGUAUUUUCUGAAAGAAGAGAAGGCAAGCUAUAUCAUGAUAUAAUAUAUUUUUGCAUAUCAAAUGAAAGAUAAAAGAGAAAGAGAGAAAGAGAGAGAGAGAGAGAGAGACAGCAACAGGAGGAUAGAAAUAGUCCAUGUUGCUUUCGACCAUGCCUCGAGCACUGGUCGUUUCGUUUUUCAAAAUAAAGUUACUUUGCACUCUUUCCUCCUUUUGUAUGGCGUCGUAGAACAGGCGACUAAAAAUACGUUUUACUCGAUGAAAGAGAAAAAUGGUCUCAUGGUUUCAGGAUCAUGAAGGUUGAAAGUUCAUUGCACGUUAUGUACACAUUUAACAUAUAAACAUAUUAUUUCUCAAAUCUAACAAAGGAUAUACCUAUCUGUAAAUAACAAAUGAAAGAGAAACAUAUUGAGAAUCAUAAAAUAAAAUAAAGAAUUUUCUCGAACGAGACAGGUUUAAAAUAAUGUUUGCCAAGUCCAUUUACCUAGUCCAAUCUGUUUCCACUGUUCACUGAACUCAACGAAGACAAUAUCAUUGUAUAGAAAGUACAAUGGCUUUUCAUUCACAGUAUUGACGUACGAAAAAGAUUUUACUUUUCAUUAACUACAAUUCCUUCAGCAUUCCAAUAUUUCUCUGACGAAUAUAUAUACCCUUACAAAUGAUAAUAUUGUUUCUAUUAAAUUAUAUUAAUUUUAUUUUGCAAUCAAUUAAAAAAAAUAACAUUGUUAAAUAUUAUUCUUAUUUUGUAUACAGAAUUAUUAAGGAAGUACGGGUGAUGUUAAUAAAUUUUUGUUACUACUCUACAUUUAUAUAUAUAUACAUACAUAAAUAUAUAUAUAUAUAUAUAUACAUACAUUUAUAUAUAUAUAUAUAUAUAUAUAUAUAUAUGUGUAUGUAUAUGAAUUGUAUGUAUAUAUGCUGACCGCACUGUACGCGAGACGGCGAGACGGCUUCAUGCGGUGUUAUAACGUGGCGGGAGAAAUAGGCGGUUAAAACGGCGCUCCCACGAGCCACCAACCAACAACAACGAUGCCGACAUCUUCUGACGUUGCCGGCGUCAUCGACCACCAUGAUCCCUCUUUAGCUUGUCUCUCUUUCUCCUUCUCUUUCUCUUUCCCUUUCUCUCUUUCGUUUCCCUUCUUCCUUUGUCAUAUUUACUGUCUGUUUCUUUGUUGCACUCACGUGUACCCAUGAAUAACAUAGAAAAAGAAAGAGAAAACUACGUGUGCAUAUGUAUGUGUGUGUGUGUGUGUGUGUGUGUGUGUGUGUGUGUGUGUUUGUAUGUAUAUGCGUGAAAAGUGAACAGAGCGUGACAGAUCACAGAAAGGCACCACACAAAUUCUCUCCCUCACCGAGGGAUUCACUGAGAUUUCAGUAGUCACGAUAAUAAUCUUUAAAUCCAAUUACUGUUCGUUGUAUUAUUACUAUACACGAUUAUGACAAGUUUUUAUUACUAGAUAAGAUUAGAAUACGGCCAUUGUUUAUAAGAUCAUUGACCGAAGCUUUUGAUUUUACUGAGAGCCCGAGAAGAUAAAGAGUAUUUAUUAUGUCAAAGAAGAAGAAAUGACUUUUUAAUCAUCAAUGACAAGAAUCAGGGAACAUUGUGUGACAUAGAUAAAAUUUCAUUUGAGAUACAGUGAUCGUCGUGACUUUGUUCGUUUGAAAUGUUAUUAUUAGAACUGGUCAUCGUUACUUUGUUCGACCAUUCCUUAUUUCCAUUCACUAACAAUAAGAGAGAUAUUAUUGCUUUUGUAUAUUUGAUGAUCGUCGAUAAUGCAGGUUCCUGUCAUCCCUUUUAACUUUUAUUAUUCGUUCAUUGUCUUCGAAGGUUUCAUAAGUAUUUCUUAUUCUUCUUGUUCUUGUUCUUCUUCUUCUU